GAUAUGUUUGGUAUUUCUACGUCCGGCUUCACACACGCUAAUAUGGCGGCGUCGGAGUCUGCCGUUUAUUUCGUUGUAAACAACAUUCCUGUGCGGUUCCGAUCCGCAGAUUUGCGGAACUAUUUUAGUCAGUUUAUAGAGAGUAAAUGCUUUCAUUGUUUCCAUUACCGACACCGACCGGAGAUUCGAGUGCAGGCAGCGGCUGUGUCCGGCGCUGGAACCAGUGAAAAAAACGAUGGUUCCGAUGGGAAACACGACGGUUCGCGUUGUUGUGUGGUGUCGGUACACGCAGAGGCAUCAGACAGAUUCAUGAAGCUGUAUUCUGGUAACCAGUGGGUCGAUUCUGCUGGUAACUGGUUGGGCAGGAAAUGUCUGAUCAGAAGAAUCAAAGUAUCAGAUCAGACCGAGCCCAGUUCAUUCCCUUACAAGACGAAGGCUGAGUUGAAACGUCACGUUGCCCAAUCAGAUCAGUUUACCAUGCAGGACCUCAAGGGUCUUCCAGAGUUCAAUCCACCGGCGCUCAUGCCCGCAGGGAACGUCGGGACCCCGGUCAGCGUCUUCCUCGCGCUCAUCCAGUCAUGCCGCCUACCGCCGCGCCUCAUCCGCAAGCUCGGGCUCGUCUUCCCGAAGACCGGCUCACACCGGCGCUACGGCAACGUGCCAUACGAGUAUUACAACACAGCUGUCGUGACCCCUACAGAGGAAAGUGUGUUCACGGCGGGUGGGGUGGAAAUCUCAGGGCCUGGAAGUGUUGCCCCGCUCGGACCGACUCAACACGCGGACACGGAGCAUCCCGACUCUGCACCUGUCAGUCAAGAGUCACAGGAUGGUGAUGGUGAGGAGGAGCUGUCAGGACCUGAUGAUGAUGAUGACCGCUGUGAGGAGUGGGAGAGACAUGAAGCUCUUCACGAUGAUGUCACGAGUCAAGAGCGCACUAAAGAAAGACUUUAUGAGGAGAAGAUUGAGCUGAAGUGGGAGAAGGGAGGAUCUGGACUCGUCUUCUACACAGAUGCUCAGUUCUGGCAGGAGGAGGAAGGAGAUUUCGAUGAGCAGACAGCGGAUGAUUGGGACGUGGACAUGAGUGUUUAUUAUGAUAAAGAUGGUGGAGAUAUGGAUUCCAGAGAUUAUGUCCGCAUGCGAUCUGAAAACAGGCUGCGAGAGGGGCUGGAGGGCCUCCCUGGACGACAACAGAAAAUCGGCAGCUUUGAAAGAUUUACAAAGGGUGUGGGUCGUCGUGUGAUGGAGAAACAGGGUUGGAGAGAGGGCGAGGGGCUCGGGAGCAGUCGGCCUGGGAUGUCAGAGGCUUUAGAGAAUGAAGGACAACAUCCAAACUGUAAAAGAGGCUUUGGGUACCAUGGAGAGAAGCUCAGCUCAUUUCUUCCACUCAAGAAACCCAAAAAAGAUUUUCAUAUAUCGACAAUAUAUGAUGAACCCAAGGACAUUGAUAAAGGUGAUGAGGUGCUGCGACGUCAACCCAGUACCAGUAUGAAGUACAGAUACUGGAAACCAGCGAGCAGCUCUCGCAAAACCAGAUGACCACUGGCUCCUCUUAUCAUUCUUAGUGAUAUUCACUUGCAUUUUAUUGAUAAUGCAUAUUUAUUGUCAUCUAAAUAUGUUAUGCAAAAAGAAAAUGUGUAUUUUGUUUUUCAGGAUUUUUAAACUGAAGUUUGUUGUCUGUUAUUUUGUAUUAAAGUGUACAGCAAAGUCA